AUGGACGGCGCCGUCUCCCUCUCCCUGCACCACCACGCCCACGGCGCGCUCCCGCUCCCGGCGCCCCGCCACCACAACCACUGCGCGGUCCCGCUCAGCCACCACUCCUCCUCCGCCGCCGCCGCCGCAAACGCGCCGUCGUCCAAGGCUCACGCUCAUCCUCCUCCCGCGGCGCGCCUGAGCCUCGCCCUCGCCGCGCGACCCCGCUCGUCCUCGUCCGCGGCGCUCUCCCCAAACCCGGCCCCGGCCCCGCCCGCCGCGCGCUCCUCCAGCCGCGCCGCCACGGGGUACGCGGCCGCGCUGGCCGACGCGUGCGCCCGCGCCGGCACGCUGCGCCGCGCCGCGCGCCACGCGCGCGCGCUCCUCCACUCCCGCCCAGGGCGGCGGCUGGAAGAGAACGCCGACGCCGCGGUCGCGGGGCAGCAGCUGGACGCGCGGGUGGCCGCGCUCGUCCGGAUGCUCGUCGCCAAGGGCAAGACCGGGAUGGUCGCCGAGGCCCUGGCCGAGUUCGCCGCCAUCUGCGACCACCUGCUGCCGCACCAGCCGCCGCGCGCGCGCCACGCCUACUAG